GCCUCAAAGGAAGUGACGCAAAGCUGAGGGGCGGGGUGGGCUAUGCGCCGGAAGUGGCUCGCAGAUAGUAAAUAAGGCCCGAAAGGGUGGAGAGGUGCUGUCUCCAUCUUGUCGCCAGCGGCUGCUCCUGCGACGUUGCCGAGAUGGGGAACGUCUUGGGACUGUGCUCCAUGGCGAGCUGGAUUCCGUGUUUAUGUGGCAGUGCCCCAUGUUUGCUGUGUCGAUGCUGUCCUAGUGGAAACAACUCUACUGUAACUAGAUUGAUCUAUGCACUUUUCCUGCUUGUUGGAGUGUGUGUAGCUUGUGUAAUGUUGAUACCGGGAAUGGAAGAACAACUGAAUAAGAUUCCUGGAUUUUGUGAAAAUGAAAAAGGCAUCGUUCCUUGUAAUAUUUUGGUUGGCUAUAAAGCUGUGUACCGUCUGUGCUUUGGCUUGGCUAUGUUCUAUCUUCUCCUCUCUCUCCUAAUGAUCAAAGUGAAGAGCAGCAGUGAUCCAAGAGCUGCAGUGCAUAAUGGAUUUUGGUUCUUUAAAUUUGCUGCAGCGAUUGCUAUUAUUAUUGGGGCUUUCUUCAUUCCAGAAGGAACUUUUACAACUGUGUGGUUUUAUGUAGGCAUGGCAGGUGCCUUUUGCUUCAUCCUCAUACAGCUAGUCUUACUUAUUGAUUUUGCCCAUUCAUGGAAUGAAUCAUGGGUUGAAAAAAUGGAAGAAGGGAACUCAAGAUGUUGGUAUGCAGCAUUGUUAUCAGCUACAGCUCUGAACUAUCUGCUGUCUUUAGUUGCUAUCGUCCUAUUCUUUGUUUAUUAUACUCAUCCAGCCAGUUGUUCAGAAAAUAAAGCAUUCAUCAGUGUCAACAUGCUCCUCUGCCUUGGUGCCUCUGUAAUGUCUAUACUGCCAAAAAUCCAAGAAUCACAACCAAGAUCUGGUUUGUUACAGUCUUCAGUAAUCACAGUCUACACAAUGUAUUUGACAUGGUCUGCCAUGACCAAUGAACCGGAAACAAACUGCAACCCAAGUCUACUAAGCAUAAUUGGGUACAAUACAACAAGCACUGUUCCAAAGGAGGGGCAGUCUGUCCAGUGGUGGCAUGCUCAAGGAAUUAUAGGACUGAUCCUCUUUUUAUUGUGUGUGUUUUAUUCAAGCAUCCGUACUUCGAACAACAGUCAGGUUAAUAAAUUGACUCUAACAAGUGAUGAAUCAACAUUAAUAGAAGAUGGUGGAGCCAGAAGUGAUGGAUCACUGGAGGAUGGAGAUGAUGCUCAUCGAGCUGUAGAUAAUGAAAGGGAUGGUGUUACUUACAGUUAUUCCUUCUUUCACUUCAUGCUUUUCUUGGCUUCACUCUAUAUCAUGAUGACCCUUACCAACUGGUACAGGUACGAGCCUUCUCGUGAGAUGAAGAGUCAGUGGACAGCGGUGUGGGUGAAAAUCUCUUCUAGCUGGAUUGGCAUCGUAUUGUAUGUUUGGACACUAGUGGCACCACUUGUUCUUACAAAUCGUGAUUUUGAUUGAACGGGACUUCUGGCAUGAAAGUCCCACUUUGAUCAUUGCUUGAGAUUAACAGUAUUCCCAACUUUUGUAAAGUUGUGUAUGUGUGUGCUUCCCAUGUAACUUCUCCAGUGUUCUGGCAUGAAUUAGAUUUUAUCGCUUGCCAUUUUAUUCAUUGUAUUCUUGCCAUGCACAUUGAUACGUGUGUUAGAAUGAAUUACAAAGGGAGAGAUUUAGGAGUCUGGUGGUGAGUUAGGAAAAGUGGACAUUGUUAGGUUUAUCCUUAGCUCUGUGCCUGUGAAAUUAAGAGUAAAAACAAAACUGACAGUUUGAUUUUUAAAUUGUGCUAGUCCCUAAGCUGUUUUAGAAAGUAUAAAAGGAAAUGUAUGGCUGCCUUUUGAAAUAUUUGAUGCCUUGCCCUACAAGAGACUGCAAAGAACGUGGCUGUUGUAAAAUUGUAUAAACAAGUUGUCUGAAAAAUCUUUUCAGGUUUUUCCCUUGAUGUGAAGAUAAGGAAUGUAUACAGGUAGGGAGUGUUUGAUGGACAACAGUGUAAAUUAUGGAGAUUAAGAGACAGAGGCUUCAUAGAAAGAUUGGUGGUGGUGGGUUACUAAUUUGAAUACCCAGGUAGGCUGUAAUCUUCCCUGGGUAGGGAUGGCCUUUCAUACCAACAUACCAACUUUGUUUUAGUCGUUACAAACACUUGCAAAAGUAUAGGUUCAAUGGAGAUGUUAGGAACUCUGAAGGAUUUAGACAAAGCUUUUGAAAAAGGUAAUCGUGGGUUAGAAGGGGCACUUUGAAAGUUCAUUUUGAAAAUCAAAGGUGGUAAACUUGACAGGACGAAACUGUAAUAUACUAAGCCUCAGGAGAUACUUAGGUAAAAUCUAGUCCAAUCCUUCAUUUUAAAAAUGAAGAAAACUGUAGCUAAUCAGUGACCAACCUGGGAAAUCCCAAGUUUCCCCAAAAUAGCUGGCAUUCUUUUGGCAUUCAAAAAUAACUUAUAUUCAAAAUCCAUGCAUAAUAGGUUAUACACCUCAUUAGUGGUGGAUAAUUUGUUAUGUGAUUUGCUGGUGUCCACCUUGCCUUCUACCCAUAAACUGAGGCCAGGAGAAUGAUGGAAUGCUAUAGAAUAUAAACUGCUUAUAGUACACUCUACAGUUCAGAAGAGGUUUAAAAUGCUUUUGUAUUUGCUGCCAUCUAAUUGAAAUAUAGUUUAUUAUAAUUACAAUUGUUCAACCUGAAAAUCAAGCAGUAUGACAGUUAACUUAGAAACUUAGUUACUUGUACAUGUUAUUAGUGUCUUAAUCUUAAAAAUCUACAUUUGCUUCUUUUAAGGUAUUUAUUAAUGUAAAUGAGAGAGAACAAUUCAACUUAAACUUAAUUCCCCAACUUUAUUCUGUGUGUUGAUACUGUGUUCCAUCAUUUUGAAUGGCUGUGUUCUAUCUCCAAAUAAAUGAAUUGAGAGAAAG